AUGGACCGACCAAUUUUUUACACUCGACGAUCUGUAGAUAGUGCUCGCGCGGCCACCACGCCUGCUUCCCCUGCCGCUACCGCUGCGCCUGCCUCUCCCCUCAACCCGAACUCUUCCCAAUCCUCGUCAUCCCCUUCCCAUUCGACCCUAAACACCUCUGUUCCUGUCGACCUGCCUCUGCCAUCGAGACCCGGACGCUCCAUCUCGCAUUCUCUCAACCUCUCCUCCUCUGCCAGCAGGAAGAGCCGACAUGCCGAGCCUGGAACCACCGACGCCCACUCUGCCACUGCUAGCCUUUCCAUGCCCCCGCCCUCUUCCAUUCCUCUAAAGAGCCCCCGAGGUUCUCUCUGCCGCAGCCGUCGAGAAUCAAACAAUUCGCUCGAGGCCUGGAGCGAUUCCGCCCUGCAAUUUGCCGACGUCGACGACGUCGAUACCCCACGCCUCAUGUCUGGGUCUAGCCAGCAAGAUUCCACCGCCCCAUAUCGCCCCCUCCCCGAACCUGCCCUCACAACCAAAUCUUCUUUUUCUUCCGAGUCUGAUCUCAAGGACAAGCGCACCUCGAUUUCCAGCGUCUUCUCCGUCUACUCGCUGGCCUCGGCUCGCGGUGUCGCCCCAACCUCGGUCCCCGCCGCGCAAUCUUCCGCUGCUUCGACAACCGGCUCCGACGGUGGCCCUUCGCGCUCCGUUUCCGGCAUCAUGUCGUCGGGAAAACCUGUCACGAAUGCCUCUCAACCCGGCGCCGAGCUGUCCAACGUCACUGUAACCACCUCCUCGAACGGUCAAAAUGCCAAUGCUGCCCCAGGUGGCCACCACCUCGCGCCGCGCGAGACCAAUACCCAUACCCAUCACGACGUAAUCAAACGCCCUCCUCGUUCCGAGCGGCCUCAGCCAACUCGAUCCCGCAGCCGUAACAAGCGUAGGUUCAGCGGAAGCACUGGUGCUAGCAGUCAUAGCCCCAGCAGCGAUCGAGGACCCUACCACAACAAGGAGAAAGAAGAGGUCAAGCCAGCGCCUUGGGGUGUUAUUGGAGUUUGCGCUUUGGAUGUCAAGGCCCGCAGCAAGCCUAGCAGAAACAUUUUGAAUCGACUCAUUGCUAACCGCGAGUUCGACGUCGUUGUGUUUGGCGACAAGGUUAUCUUGGACGAAGAGGUCGAGAAUUGGCCCAUGUGUGAUUACCUCAUCUCCUUCUACUCGGAUGGCUUCCCUCUGGAUAAGGCGAUUGCCUACGUCAAGGCUCGGAAACCGUUUUGCGUCAAUGAUGUGCCAAUGCAAAAGAUUCUCUGGGAUCGUCGUCUAUGCCUCAACAUCUUGGACGGCAUAGGUGUGGCUACGCCAAAACGUAUUGAGGUGAACCGUGAUGGCGGCCCUGAACUUCUGACCCCAGACACUGCGAAGCAUAUCAAGGAGAUCACUGGUAUAACCUUGGAUGCCGAAGACCUGGGCUACAACAGGCUUCCUCGCAAGGUCGAGCUCCUCGACGACGGCGAUAUUCUCAGCGUCGAUGGUGCUCUGCUCAAGAAGCCCUUUGUCGAGAAACCUGUCAGCGGUGAGGAUCACAACAUCAUCAUCUACUUCCCCAAGUCCACCGGCGGUGGUGCUCGUCGACUAUUCCGCAAAAUCGGCAACAAGAGCUCCGAAUAUGAUCCAGACUUGAACAUUCCUCGCGCUAUCCUGGAGCCAGAGAAUAGCUAUAUUUACGAAAAGUUUAUGAGAGUCGACAAUGCCGAGGAUGUCAAAGCCUAUACUGUAGGGCCCAAUUAUUGCCAUGCAGAGACUCGGAAAUCUCCCGUCGUUGACGGUGUCGUCAGGCGUAACACACACGGCAAGGAGCUGCGCUAUGUUACGGCCCUAGAGCCCGAAGAGAAGGAAAUCGCCAGCAAGAUUUCGACUUCUUUCGGUCAAAGAGUCUGCGGUUUUGACUUCCUACGGGCUGGCGGUAAGAGCUAUGUCAUUGACGUCAACGGUUGGAGUUUUGUCAAAGACAAUGACGAUUACUAUGACCAUUGCGCCAACAUUCUCAAGGACGUCUUUGUAAAGGAAAGACUUCGAAGAGGCGGCGUCACCUCCCCCGCGCCAUCGCCUUCUCUCUCGGAUAUAAAUGAUCCAUUGGCAUCACGAGGCAAGGAGAAGGAGUCAUCACAACCCAUCCCUGUACCACCGGCACAGAAUAAGUCCGUCACCAAUGUACCGGCUGUCUCUGAGAAGCUGCCUCAGGAGCCGAAGGCCGCACCCGCGAAUGCACCACCUCAAAAGUCGGAGAGUGCACUCCCCUCUGCCGUCACUAGUUCGUGUACCAGCCCUACCCUUCCUCCUCCGCCUCCGCUGGUAGAGCCUGCUAUAGCGAGCGUCCCUUCCACCACGGGGUCGGCCACACCAUCCGCCGCCCCUUCGCUGCAAGGAGAGGGCAUUGUACCUCCGCCAGAGGACCCUCCAGCGCCGCCGCCGCCACCUAAGCACUCUUGGAAGCUCAAGGGUAUUGUGUCCGUCAUUCGCCAUGCCGAUCGAACUCCAAAGCAAAAGUACAAGUUCACCUUCCAUACGGCGCCGUUCAUUGAGUUACUCAAAGGCCAUCAGGAAGAGGUGCUCCUCAUUGGAGAGGCAGCUCUGGCUAGCGUACUGCAGGCCGUAGAUGUUGCGCUGAGGGCAGGCGUGGAAGAUCGCUCCAAGUUAAAGUCCCUCCGCAACGUCCUCGUGAAGAAGGGCGGAUGGGCUGGCACCAAGGUCCAGAUCAAGCCAAUGUUCCGGAAGAAGAAAACGGAAGAGGUCGCAGUCUCGUCAGGCGAUGAGCUUUCACAAGUCCUGAAAGAGGGCGUCGAGACAGAUUUCGCAGACAAGCCGGAAGAAGGCGCCGCAAAGACGGAAAACUCUUCACCGUCUAGAAUGCCACCCAAGAGGCAUGACUCUCUCUCCGGUAUGACCAUGUCCCGUAUCACAGCCGCAGAAGAGAGCUUGGUCCUGGAGAAGCUUCAGCUCAUUGUCAAAUGGGGCGGUGAGCCGACGCACUCAGCACGCUAUCAGGCCCAGGAACUGGGCGAGAACAUGAGAAACGACUUCAAUCUGCUUAAUCGAGAUGUUCUGGACGAGGUCCACGUCUUCAGCAGUUCUGAACGCCGAGUUACAACCAGCGCACAGAUUUGGGCUUCUGCUUUCCUGGAUCGUAAAGACCUCCCGGAGGACUUUAUUACUAUCCGCAAGGAUUUACUCGAUGACUCCAACGCCGCCAAGGACGAGAUGGACAAGGUGAAGAAGAAGCUAAAGGGUCUCCUUCGCAAGGGUAACGAGCGACCUUCCCAUUUCGCUUGGCCGGAAAAGAUGCCCGAGCCAUCAGAGGUUCAGACCCGUGUUGUCCAACUUAUGAACUUCCAUCGCCGUGUGAUGCACUACAACUACAGCAAAUUAAACAACGGUAGUGCCGUUGCUUCCUUAAAUAACGCUAUUGCCAACCCGGGCUCUGAGAAACCUGCAAACGCGGAGGCAUCGGGCUCGACAAGCUCCAUCUCCUCAUCCUUGUCUCAGGCGAAUGCGGUGAGCAACAUCCAACCCAGAUGGUGUUGUGGCGAGGAUGCCGAGCUCUUCAGAGAACGCUGGGAAAAGCUGUUUGCGGAGUUUUGCGACGGAGAAAAGGUUGAUCCUAGCAAGAUCUCCGAGCUCUACGACACAAUGAAGUUCGAUGCUCUGCACAAUCGGCAGUUCUUGGAAUGGGUUUUCACCCCGCCCAAAGCCAUGCUGGAGGAGGAGUACGGCAUCAAGGACAAGGAAAAGGAUAAGGACAGCAAGGACAGUAGCAAAGAGGUCAAGAAUGCCGAGAAGACGUCCGAUGAGGGGAAGUCGUCGCAGGACUCGCGCGAGGAAAGACGGGAUUUCUCGGGAUCCAGCGAUAAGGCAGAUAAGAGCUCGACAUCUGUGAGACGUAUCUUCCGACGGCGGUCGUUCCUCAACGGUCUUCGACACGUCGAGGCAGCCCCGCCUGAGCAGUACUUCCAUCUGUACAAGGGCAACACUCAGACCAAGGCAAAGACCGAUGCCAGGUUUGAACCAUUGCGGGAAUUGUACCAGCUCGCCAAGGUCCUCUUCGAUUUCAUCUGCCCUCAAGAGUACGGCAUCUCUGAUGGGGAGAAGCUGGAAAUUGGCCUUCUAACGUCGCUGCCGCUGCUCAAAGAGAUUGUUCAGGAUCUCGAAGAGAUGCAAGCAUCGAACGAUGCCAAGUCCUUCUUCUACUUCACUAAAGAAUCCCACAUUUACACCCUUCUCAACUGCAUUCUCGAAGGAGGGAUCGAGACGAAGAUCAAGAGAAGUACUAUUCCCGAGCUCGACUAUCUUUCGCAGAUCUGCUUCGAGUUGUAUGAGUCGGAGACAAAGGCCCCUGCCGCCACACCCGAUGGGGGUGAAGAGCAGACUUUUGCCUACAGUAUCAGAAUCACCAUUAGCCCCGGAUGCCACGUCUUCGACCCGCUAGACGUCCAAUUGGACAGCAAGCAUUGCAUCAGCUGCGCUCCGCGACGCAGUCUGACCCCUCACGGUGAUUGGAUGCAAGUGAUCCGCACUCUGAGGGCCAAGUUCAACCAAGUUAAACUUCCCAAGACCUUCCUCGCAGUGAACUUGUCAGAUCUCUUCUCCAUAGAGGAUCAUGAACGACGAGACAGUGACAGCGAGGGGCUUGAGAUGAAGGGAUUGCAUCCCAAACCGAAGGCAGCAGAGCAGCAGAUCACAGCCCAGCCAGAGCCCGAGAGUGGCGCGGGAAAGGAAGAGCUAAUCUCAGCGGGUCAGGCUCUCGCAUCAGCCUCGUCGGUUGUCAUGGAUGACGAGGAGCCCGUGAGCCCGAGAACCAAGCCCGAUACUUCGACUGAGACAAUCUCCCAGGUGGCAGCAGAGCCUGUCGAGUAA